AUGGCUUCCGUAGAUUAUGUUACUAUUUUAGAGAAUAGCGUCGCAUUAGAAAACCAAUUUCUUCAAAACCCUUCGUUCGACGUUUUGCUGUGUCAACAAUGCGUUAAAGAGCAAGAACGUGCCCUUCGUUUCCCCUCUAUCUCAUACUCUGACUGCUACAAUUUGGGUGAAAUCAUUCGAAAACUAUACAGCCAAGCCAAGUACACGGCUCCUAUAGUGAUCGAUAUAGUCAUCAACGGCCACCAAGUCUUUCAUGCCGCCUUCGACGGCAGUAGCCCUGAUAACGAUGCUUUUAUAAAACGAAAGUACGCUACAGUCAAUCGCUUUCAUAUGUCCAGCUUCCGCAUGGGCUUGAAUAUGUCCAAAGACAAAACGACUAUGUCUCAAAAAUACAAUGUUCCUGACGAGGAAUAUGGCGCUUUUGGUGGUGGUUUCCCGAUAACUCUUACGUCCGGUGUCCAAAUUGGUGUUAUUUGUGUAUCGGGUCUUCGUCAGGUUCAAGAUCACUGCAUUAUUGUACGUGCUAUUGUUCAACUGCUUCAAAACGGACCUGCUGCUUCCAAGUAA